AUGGAGGAUCUACGUAAAUUAAAGAUAAAAAGGGGAAAUAUCAAGGGAUAUUUAACCAGGACCAAGUCCUUUUUAGACUCUAUUGAUUUAGAUUAUUUGACCGAAUUAAAUUUGAUACAAAUUAAAACAAGAUUAGAUAACGUUGAACCUCUUUUGUGUCACUUUAACGAUGUUCAAUCUGACAUCGAAUGUCAAAUGACCUUGGAAUCGCAAGGUGAUGAGGAUUCUAGUAAAAUUUUUGAGGAAGAGUCUUUGAACAGAACUUCGGUAGUCAUUAAUAAUAGCGCAGUUAGUACUCAUGACGCGCAAAAUGUGGUCUCAUCUAAAGCCUCAAUAAAAUUACCUGAUCUGAAGUUGCCGGUUUUUAAUGGGUCGUAUGAAAAAUGGCUCGAAUUUAGAGAUGCGUUUCAAGCCAUUGUUCAUAAAAAUGUGCAUCUAUCGGACGUUGAAAAGUUCUUUUAUUUAAAAUCCUUUCUUGAAGGUAAACCUUUACAAGCCAUUGCUAAUUUGCAAGUUACGAAUGACAACUAUUCAAAUGCUUGGUCAAUAUUGUCAGAUAGGUACGAAAAUAAGCGAUUAAUUGUAUACAACUAUGUUAAAAACUUAUUUGAUUGUCCUAAAGUCAUAAAAGAGUCCCAUUCAGAGCUGCGCAAAGUAUACGAUCUAUUUAAUAAAAAUUUAAGAUCAUUAAAAAGUCUUGGGCAAGAAGUUGAUCAGUGGGACACAUUAAUCGUGUUUAUGCUGAUAAAUAAAUUUGAUUCUGUGACCCGUCGCGAAUGGGAAAGUUUUUCCAUAAAAGGUGAGUUGCCAGGAUUGGAAGAUGUUAAUAAGUUUUUAAAAGCAAAGUGCGAACUACUUGAGAAGUUGGAGGCUUUAAAACAGGAUGGUAAGUUGCCUAUUAAAUGUGAAAGGGUUAAAUGUCACGCUGCAACAACAAUACAAUCGAAGUUUUCAUGUUAUUAUUGCAAGAAAAAUCAUUCGAUUUACAAAUGUUUCGCAUUUAAAAACCUUAAUGUUAAUUCUAGAAUUACGGCAGUAAAUAAAAUGAAACUGUGUAGUAAUUGUUUUAGUCCUGAUCAUACCCAAAAUAAUUGUCCUAAAUCUAAUAUUUGUCGUCAAUGUGGAGAAAAACAUAAUUCAUUAUUGCAUUUAAACAUCCAGUCUCCGGUUGCGCCCGUGCAUAGUAGGCCUUUCGUUUCGGACAACUCCCCUCCGCCAGUAACGAACGGGAUCGAGAAUUCGACUCAUGAAAAUGCCGUAGCUUUGAGCGCCACAAUAGGGGAAGUCAACCACGUGGAUUCGAAUGUUAAGGCAACGUUGUCGCUUUUAGCAACAGCUAAAAUACGGGUUUUCGAUUCACGCGGAAAUAUUCUUAUAAUCAGAGCGUUGUUGGAUCCAGGGUCGCAAAGUAACUUUAUAUCGGAGAGUUUGGUUAGUAAAUUAGGUUUAAAGCGGCAAAAUGUUGAUUAUGAGAUUAGGGGUUUGGCUCAGGCAUUGUCAGCUACAUCGAGUUCUAGAGUAAACGUAACUAUUAUGUUGAAUAUUUGUGAUGAAUUUAAAGAAAUAAUUCCUUGUUUAGUAAUUUCAAAAAUUACGCAAGAUUUGCCUUAUAUGUCUUUUAAUAUUUCUCAGUGGAAAAUUCCAGGGAAUAUAAGCUUGGCUGAUGAUACAUUUAAUGUACGGGGUAAUAUUAAUAUGUUGUUAGGUAAUGAUAUAUUUUAUAGAAUUCUACUUAUGAAUCAAAUUUGUAGCCCGGGCAUGCCUGUUCUUCAGAAUAGUAGGUUGGGAUGGAUUGUUGCAGGUAACUUUAAUUCAAAAUGUAUCCCUGUUUCUGAGAAUAGAGUUUUGGCAUGUCAUUCUUGUGAGCAGAGUAUUGAUCAAAGCUUAACUAAAUUUUGGGAACUGGAGGAAUGCGAGUCAAAUAGUAAAGUUUUGUCGAAAUCUGAACAAGAUUGUGAAGAACAUUUUGUGAGCAGCUUCGCGCGCAAUUUCGAAGGUCGUUUCGUAGUUAAAUACCCCUUUAAAGAGAAUUUACAUCAGCUAGGUUUUUCAAAACAGAUGGCGUAUAAAAGAUUAAUUUAUUUAGAAAAAAGAUUCCUUAAAGAUGAAGUUUUAAAAGAGGAUUAUAUAGCGUUUCUUAAUGAAUAUAGAGAUCUGGGACACAUGACUAAAGUUAAAAACUUUUCGAUCGACUCGAGUGAUUCGAAUAAAUAUUGCUAUUUACCACAUCAUGCUGUGGUUAAAGAGGGUAACUUAACGACCAAGGUCAGGGUUGUUUUUGAUGCUUCGGCUCAAACUGAUACGGGACUCUCUUUAAAUGGUGUACAACAUGUUGGUCCCACAAUUGAAAAUGAUUUAUUGGCUAUUCUUUUAAACUUCCGAAUUUAUCCUUUCGUGAUUAAUGCAGAUAUCACAAAAAUGUACCGACAGGUAUUAAUUGACCCUAGUCAACGUGGAUAUCAAAGAAUAUUAUGGAAAAAUAUUGGCGAUUUAUCCGCAGAAAUUGAAUGUUUUGAGCUUAAUACCGUCACUUACGGUUGUGCCUCCUCGCCAUUCUUACCGGUCCGUUGCUUAUAUCAGUUGGGUUUGGAGUAUAAAGAUAAAUAUCCCAAAGCAAGUCAAGCGAUUAUGAAUUGCUUCUAUUUAGAUGAUUUAUUAGCUGGGGAGUUUUCGCAAGCUGCUCUAUUGCAACUUCAGCAUGAAAUUUCUUUUAUUCUCAAUACCGCGGGUUUUAAGCUUCGGAAGUGGCUUUCAAAUAAGUCUGAGCUGGUAUCACAAUUUGAAAUUGAUAAAAGUGAGUUUUCCAGCAUUUUACAAUUAGGUGAAGGCCAACAAAAUAAAACAUUGGGUUUAUUCUGGGAUGCCGCGCAGGACUCUAUUCAUUAUUCCAUAAUAAAUGGUGAUGUACCUAAAAGGAUAACAAAAAGAUUAAUUCUGUCUAUCACUAGUCAGAUAUUUGAUCCACUUGGAUUACUAGGUCCAAUUAUUGUAGUUGCAAAAUUAAUAUUGCAAACUCUUUGGCAGAAUCGCCUAUCAUGGGACGAGUCAGUUCCUCAAGGUCUAGCAGAAAGGUGGCUAGAGUUUUAUAAAGAUUUGCAAUUUCUUAGUCAGGUAAAUGUCCCUCGCUAUGUUUUGGGUGAUAAUUGGAAGAUUUUGCAAGUUCACGGUUUUGCAGAUGCAUCGGAAAAGGCUUACGGUGGUUGCGUAUAUUUGGUUUCAUUUUCAUCUACGGGCGAAUAUAUUUCUUCGCAUUUAAUAUUGGCUAAGUCUCUUGUGGCUCCAUUAAAGAAAAUUACCCUUCCGAGGUUGGAGCUUUGUGCCGCGGUUGUCACGGUUAAGUUGGUUGAGAAGGUCAGAAAUUCAAAAUGUGUGUCAAUUGACCAAUGUGUUUAUUGGACUGAUUCGUCAAUCACAUUGUGCUGGAUUCAAGCUUGCCCCAGUAGGUGGAAAACGUUUGUAGCAAACCGGGUAACUGAAGUUCAGAAUUUAUCUAUCCCUGAAAAUUGGCACCAUAUUAGAUCAGAGAUGAAUCCAGCAGAUUGCCUUUCUAGAGGAACUUCCGCUGCUUAUUUGCUUUCCUUAGAGUUGUGGUGGAAAGGGCCUAUUGACAUAUUUUCUAGUCCACCUCCCGAUAUGCAAAAUCUAACAGAAACUAAAUUUGAUAUACCAGAACAAAGGGUUUUGAGUCAUUAUGGAGGUGUAGAAGAGACAUUUGAAUUUGAUUUUUUAAGAUAUUCAUCUUUAUUAAAGUUACAGCGAAUUAUUUCGUAUUGUUUUCAGUUUUAUCAUCGUCUUAAGUCAAAGGUUAAGAUAAAUGGUCCCAUUAGUAGUGACGAGUUGAAUUGUGCUCUUAUUUGCUUGUUAAGGAUCUGUCAAUUACAAUCGUUUUCUAAAGAAUAUGCUGCUUUGAAAAGAAAGGGUCUGGUGUCAAAUUCAAGUCGUAUCUUAUGUUUGAAUCCUUUCUUGGACAAUGAAGGCUUGAUAAGAGUUGGAGGACUCAUUCAAAGGGCAAACAUCUCUACGGAGCAGAAACAUCCUAUUAUUUUGCAUCCUAAGCAUAUGUUGACUUCUUUAAUAUUAAGGCAGGAACAUGUAAAAUUACUUCAUUGCGGGCCUCAACAGCUCUUAUAUUCAAUUCGACAACGUUUUUGGCCAAUUUCUGGUCGAAGAAUUUGCAGAUCUAUAGUAAGGAGUUGUGUUGUAUGUUUCAGGGCAAAACCAGUUUCGCAAAACUAUUUGAUGGGCAGCUUACCUGAAAGUUGA